AUGGCUGCUGGUGCUCUGAAGGCAAUUUGCUCUCUCCAGCUGAAGAACAAUCACAGUAUCCCUGAACGACGCCCGUCUAUCAUCUCUUCAAACCACAGAUCGCUUAAGCGUCGGCCGGCCAUGGCGGCUACUCUCAAAGCUGCACCCAUUACCAGCCGUGGGCUCUCGGAGACCUUCUCGAGCUUGAAAGAACGGGGAAAAGUGGCGCUGAUUCCAUACAUUACAGCAGGUGAUCCUGACCUUUCAACCACAGCAGAAGCUCUGAAAGUCCUCGACUCAUGUGGCUCAGACAUUAUAGAAUUGGGAGUGCCUUAUUCAGAUCCUUUGGCUGAUGGUCCUGUUAUCCAGGCUGCUGCCACACGAUCACUAGGUAGAGGAACAAAUUUCGAUAAAAUCAUUGUCAUGUUGAAGGAAGUAAUUCCUCAGUUAUCUAGUCCAAUUGCGCUAUUCUCAUAUUACAAUCCGAUACUCAAGCGCGGUGUGGAGAAAUUUAUGAUCACUUUGAAGGAUACUGGAAUUCAUGGACUUGUUGUCCCAGAUGUCCCGCUUGAAGAGACUGAGAUAUUGAGAAAGGAAGCUAGUAAUAAUAAUAUUGAACUGGUGCUGCUUACAACCCCAACUACUCCGAAAAAGCGUAUGGAAGCAAUUGUAGAAGCUUCAGAAGGAUUUGUGUACCUUGUCAGCUCAGUGGGAGUCACAGGAGCAAGAGCAUCGGUUAGUGGAAGAGUUCAAUCUCUUCUACAGGAUAUCAAAGAGGCAACGAGCAAGCCAGUGGCAGUUGGUUUUGGCAUAUCGAAACCCGAGCAUGUUAAACAGGUCGCUGGAUGGGGAGCGGAUGGUGUAAUUGUCGGUAGUGCCAUGGUAAAAAUAUUGGGCGAGGCAAAAUCACCCGAAGAUGGGUUAAAAGAACUCGAAACGUUCACAAAAAGCUUAAAAUCGGCACUUUUAUGA